CAGAAACUAUAAAACAGCAAAUUCACUUAUUACAGGCUAGGGCCCCCGCAAGGCCGAAACUAUCGAACAGCGCUGCCGUUGGGGAGUCGUCAGCGGUGCCCUGCACCUUCUCUAGUAACUACCGCCUUUUGCUAAGUUACGCGUCCAUUCUCUUCUCUUCUUUCAUAAUUCCAUUGAAUGUCUGCUUCGCGGAGAGUAGUCUUCACUCUCACAGGCCGGGCCUCUCCUUCUCUUCAUUCCAGAAGCUUCCUCUUCCUUCAUCCUCCUUUUCUCUCUUCUUCUCCGAUCAGCCUAGGUCGCUCUCUGAGGUUCAGCGCUUCCAUUUCUUGCUCUACCAUGCCUCGCCGUCAGAGAAAGGGUGGUUAUAGAGAACAAAGGUGGAAAGAGAAACCAAUGUUUGACCUUCAAUCUCGUGGCAUGGAGGGUGCAACUGCAGCUCCUGCUGAAGCUGUAACUAGCAGACUUGGUGCAUUGUCUAUUGCUGAGAGUGAUGGACAAGCCCAUCUUCCAGUUCCACCUGUACAGCUUGGAAGCAUUCAGCCCAAGCAGGAUCUCGCCCAAGGUCACAAAACCAUGUGGAAGCCGAAGUCCUAUGGAACAACAAGUGGUGCCACAGGAGUUGAAGUUGAAAAUGAAUCUCUUGGUCGAUCAGCAGUUGACAUCCAGGGAAAUGUAGUUGAAACAGUGGCACCUGAAAAGAGUGGAGCUGGUUUGAGCAAGUUGUUCAAGGGUCCAUUAUUGGAGAACUUUAUUGUAGAUAAUUCCACUUACUCACACGCUCAAAUUAGGGCUACCUUCUAUCCCAAAUUUGAAAAUGAAAAGUCAGACCAAGAGAUUAGGACGAGGAUGAUUGAGAUGGUCUCUAAAGGCCUGGCCACAGUGGAGGUUUCACUUAAGCACUCAGGGUCUCUAUUUAUGUAUGCGGGCCACGAGGGUGGAGCAUAUGCCAAGAACAGCUUUGGGAAUAUAUACACUGCUGUUGGUGUUUUUGUUAUUGCACGCAUGUUUCGUGAAGCAUGGGGCACAAAAGCUAGUAAAAUGCAAGAAGAAUUCAAUAACUUUCUUGAGGUAAACCGUACGUGCAUAUCAAUGGAAUUGGUGACUGCUGUUCUAGGAGAUCAUGGCCAGCGUCCUCGAGAAGAUUAUGUGGUUGUGACAGCAGUCACAGAAUUGGGCAAUGGAAAACCUAAAUUUUACUCAACUCCUGAUAUAAUUGCUUUUUGUCGGAAAUGGCGCCUUCCAACAAAUCAUGUGUGGCUUUUCUCUACAAGGAAAUCAGUGUCAUCGUUUUUUGCUGCCUAUGAUGCUCUUUGUGAAGAAGGAACAGCAACUCCUGUCUGUAAGGCUCUGGAUGAAGUUGCAGAUGUAUCUGUACCAGGUUCAAAGGACCACAUAAAGGUGCAGGGAGAAAUCUUAGAAGGUCUUGUAGCUCGUAUUGUAAGCCGUGAGAGUGCAGAGCAUAUAGAGAAAGUUUUGAAAGAUUUUCCUCUUCCACCGUCAGAAGGAGAUGGCCUUGAUCUGGGACCAAGCCUGCGGGAAAUAUGUGCCACAAAUAGGUCAGAUGAGAAACAGCAAAUUGAAGCACUGCUUGAGAGUGUUGGUACCUCUUUUUGUCCGAGCUAUUUGGAUUGGUUUGGAAAUAAAGGUGGCAGUGCCCAUUCAAGAAAUGCUGAUCGAUCUGUUCUUUCCAAAUUUCUUAAAGCUCAUCCAGCAGAUUUUUCUACAACCAAAUUGCAGGAAAUGAUUCGUUUGAUGAGAGAGAGGCGUUUCCCUGCUGCUUUCAAGUGUUAUUACAACUUCCACAAAAUUGAUUCUUUAUCAAGUGACAAUAUUGACUUCAAAAUGGUUAUUCACGUCCAUAGUGAUUCUGCUUUCCGACGUUAUCAGAAGGAAAUGAGGUAUAAGCCAGGGUUGUGGCCAUUAUAUCGAGGUUUCUUUGUUGACAUUAAUUUGUUUAAGGCGAACAAGGAGAGAGCUGCUCAAAUUGCAAAGAACAGCAACGACUUGCUAAGCAGUGUUAAUGGUAGCGAUAGCACAUCAGCAAAAGAUGAUUUAGCUGAUGAAGAUGCAAAUCUAAUGAUCAAGUUGAAAUUUCUUACCUAUAAGUUGCGCACUUUUUUAAUUCGCAAUGGCCUGUCAAUUCUUUUCAAGGAUGGUCCAGGUGCUUACAAGGCAUACUAUCUGCGGCAAAUGAAAAUUUGGGGAACUUCAGCAGGAAAGCAAAGAGAGCUCAGCAGGUUGCUGGAUGAAUGGGCAAACUACAUACGAAGGAAGUAUGGACAAAAACAGCUUUCAUCAUCCACAUACCUUAGUGAAGCUGAGCCUUUUCUAGAACUGUAUGCAAAACGUAGUCCAGAGAAUCAGGCUUUGAUUGGAUCUGCUGGAAACUUAGUAAGAGCUGAAGAUUUCUUGGCUAUUAUCGAAGGUGGAAGGGAUGAAGAGGGGGACCUUGAGGCAGAGAGGGAGGUAGGCCCAUCAACCCCCACUGUGACAGUCACAGACAGUGUUCCUAAGGUUGAGGGGCUGAUCAUAUUCUUUCCAGGAAUACCAGGAUGUGCAAAGUCUGCACUGUGCAAAGAAAUAAUCGGUGCACGUGGUGGACUUGGAGAUGAUAGACCAGUCUCCAGUUUGAUGGGUGAUCUUAUCAAAGGAAGAUAUUGGCAGAAGGUUGCUGAUGAGUGUAAGAGAAAACCAUAUUCUAUAAUGCUUGCUGACAAAAAUGCACCAAAUGAAGAAGUUUGGAGGCAGAUUGAAGGCAUGUGCAGAAACACCAGAGCAUCUGCUGUUCCAGUUGUACCUGACUCAGAAGGAACUGACUCAAAUCCAUUUUCUCUCGAUGCAUUGUCUGUUUUCAUGUUUCGCGUGCUUCGACGAGUUAAUCAUCCGGGAAAUCUUGAUAAGGCAUCUCCAAAUGCUGGCUUCGUGUUACUGAUGUUUUAUCACCUUUAUGAGGGCAAGAGUCGUAAAGAAUUUGAGGGUGAACUAAUCGAACGAUUUGGCUCUGUCGUCAAAAUGCCGUUGUUGAAGCCUGAUCGGAGCCCUCUACCUGAUCCUGUGAAGUCUACAUUGGAGGAAGGAAUAAAUCUCUAUAGGCUUCAUACGAGCAGGCAUGGAAGGUUGGAGUCCACCAAAGGAUCAUAUGCAGCAGAUUGGGCUAAAUGGGAAAAGAAGUUGCGGGAGAUAUUAUUUAGCAAUGCUGAGUAUCUGGAUUCUGUUCAGGUGCCAUUCAAGUUGUUUGUUGAGCAAGUAUUGGAACAGUUAAGAACUGUUGCUAAGGGUGAUUAUACCACACCAACUGCAGAGAAAAGGAAGUUUGGAAACAUCAUUUUUGCUGCUGUCAGUCUGCCUGUUACAGAAAUUCGAAGUAUCCUCAAUAAUUUGGCUAAGAACCCCAAGGUUGAAGCUUUCCUCGAGGACAAGCUUCUACAGAAGAGCAUUACAAAGGCUCAUGUGACUCUUGCUCACAAGAGAAGUCAUGGAGUUGCAGCCGUGGCAAGUUACGGCCAAUUCCUCCAUCGAGAAGUCCCUAUCAAUCUGACUGCUUUGCUUUUCUCAGAGAAAGUGGCCGCAUUUGAAGCCAGCCUUGGCUCUGUUGACGGUGAGAAGAUAAGCUCGAAAAACCAGUGGCCCCAUGUGACCAUCUGGACUGGAGAUGGAGUUGCACCAAAAGAAGCCAAUAUGUUACCGCAACUGCUUUCAGAGGGAAAGGCAACUCUUAUUGACAUAAACCCGCCCAUUUCCAUUAUGGGCACAUUGGAAUUUCACUGAACAUGUUAUCCUCCCACUCAGGUAGGCAACCAUGUGGUGCAUACGCUAAUAAAGUAUGUUCAUUUUUUGUUUUUUCUUUUGUUUUAUUGCUGCGCCAGAGAGGAUUGAGAGAGUUGUGCGUGGUUGGAAAUGAGCUUCUGCUCAGGAGAGAUGUGUAUAUUCAGGCAAUUGAAAUCUUGUACAACAUUUCUGCUAUGGAAAGGAAAAAGAUAGAACUGAACAGAGAAGUGUAAAAUGAUGAUAUCACAGGAAGUUUCCCCAAGGUUUUGAGAGAGGACAAGAGCCUCCUCUCGUUGGUGACAAAAA